AUGAAUGUUGUUGGACAUUUAUUUGUGGAACAUGAUCUGCGAAGCUUGGAUUCUGAAGUUAAGGAACCUAACUGUGUCAAUGAGGUCAAUGAAGGGGAUGAGUUAGAAGAGGAGAUAGUUGAAGGCUUAGAUGACAAUGAAGAUGAGAGGGUUAUUGCUCUUCAUGAUGGCUUUGAAGGAGAUGGCCCUAAAGGACUUGGUUUUACAGUGCCAUUGAAUGAAGAUGUAAGUAUUAGUAAGCUUUUUGGUAGGCCCAAUAAGAAAAUGGAUGGGGACGAAUACCAUAGUGAUGAGUUGAAUAGUGAUGACCCGGAUGAUUCUUGUGAUGAGGAAAGGCCCAAGUAUGAAAGGUUUAGAAAAGAACACCUCAACAAGGACUAUAAGUUUAAGAUGGUUAUGGAAUUUAAUACACUUGUGGAAUUUAGGGAGGCUAUUCGUGAGUGGUCAGUCCUCAAUGGGAGAGAAAUUACAUUUGUAAAAAAUGAAAGUUAUAGAGUUAGAGUCCAAUGUACAGCUAAAUGUGGCUUUUUGGUCUUAUGCUCUAAAGUGGCCCACAAACACACUUUUGCAAUAAAAACACUUGUGGAUACCCACACAUGUGCUAGGGUUUUGGAUAACAAAUCUGCCAACUCUAGGUGGGUGGCUAAACACGUGGUAAAGAGGUUGCAAACUUCUGAUAAUGUUAGGAUAAGAGACAUAAUGCAAGAUAUCAGGCAAAAUUUUGUUGUUGGGAUUAUUGUUUCAAAGGCAUGGAAGACUAAGUUAAUAGCUAAGAAGGUGGUUGAAGGUGAUAUAGAUAAUCAGUAUGCAUCCAUAUGGAGGUAUGCAGCUGAACUAGCAAGAGUUAAUUCUAGUAACACUGUCAAAAUCAAUGUUGAAAGACCCACUCCUUUCAUACAGCCCAGGUUUGGAUCCUUCUAUUUUUGUUUUGAUGAAUGUAAGAAAGGAUUUAUUAAUGGAUGCAGACCCUUUGUGGGAGUUGAUGGAUGCCACUUGAAGACAGAAUAUGAUGGACAACUAUUAGUUGCUGAGGGGAGAGAUGCUAAUGAUCAAUACUUUCCAUUGGCUUUUGAAGUGGUUGAGACUGAAACUAAGGAGAGUUGGAGGUGGUUCAUACAACUAUUGAUGGAAGACAUUGGUCAAGAGAGGAGAUAUGUAUUCAUCUUUGACCAACAUAAGGGAUUAGUUGCUGUAUUUGAGGAGAUGUUUGACAGGAUAGAACACAGAUUGUGUCUCAGGCAUCUAUAUGCCAAUUUCAAGAAAAAUUUUGGUGGUGGAUCCCUCAUUAGGGACCUGAUGAUGGGGGCAGCUAAAGCCACAUACGAUCAAGUAUGGUCUCCGAAGAUGAAUGAAUUGAAGAAUGUGGAUCAAAAUGCUUGGUCUUGGUUGAUGGCAGUCCCCGCAAAGAGUUGGUGUAAGCAUGCCUUUACUUUUUACACUAAAUGUGAUGUUUUGAUGAACAACAUAUCUGAAUCCUUCAAUGCUACAAUACUAGUUUCUAGGGACAAACCUAUAUUAACUAUGUGUGAGUGGAUAAGGAAAUAUCUUAUGAAUAGGUUGUCUACAUCUGCCACCAAACUAGAAAAGUGGCAACAUAAAGUCAUGCCAAUACCUAAAAGAAGGUUAGAUAAUGAGGUGUACAAUAGUGCUCAGUGGUUGCCAACAUGGCAUGCAGUGGCAGCUUUGAGUUAUAAGAAGCAAAACCCAAAAGACUUUGUUGAUGAGUUUUACACCAGAGAUAAAUUUGCACUUUGUUAUGGAUUUUCAAUAAGCCCUAUCAAUGGUCAAGAUAUGUUGCCAGAAGUGGAGAUGGAACAAGUUUUACUACCCUCAUACAAGAAAGGUCCAGGAAGGCAUAGGAAGGUAAGGAUAAGAGAACUUGGAAAGGAAGGUGCAAGACAAAGAAGACAUAAUGUUGAAUACAAGUGCACAAAAUGUGACAAGUUUGGUCACAAUGCAUUGACUUGCAAGUCAUUGACACAAGAUCCCAAUGCUCUGAAAAGAAAGUGGAAAGUUAAAAUGACUGUUGAAGCCAAUAGUGCAGGGCAUAAUGAUGGAGAUAAUACAAUGGAUGGUGCAGAAAAUUCACUUCCUACUGAUGGGCAGAGUACAAUAUUAACUGACUCUGAAUUGUCCAAUGAUGUUCAGAUUGGGACUAAAAUAGCUCUACCAACUGUUAUGAGUCAGACUGCAUCUACUGUGGCUAAUUCAAUUCCAAUGCAACCAAAUAAACAUAAAGGAAAAAAGUCAGUUCCAAAAAGAAGAUAG